AUGACAGCGGGAGUACUUUCUUCCAACGAGCUCCAGACCAUCGAGGACGAACACGAGAGUCUUCUCUGGGAAACCAUCCCGAAGUUGCUAAUUCCCGGUUUCCCUGCUCUAGACAAGCGGUUGCUGGAAUUUGGGGACAGGGUUGGGGAGUUCCGGUUAGUGCAGCAGUUUGCAAAUCAUCAGCACGUCUUGUUGGCGGUUAACGGGCAGCACGAUUCUAUGGUGAUCAAGACGCGCAAUAAGCGGAGCGUCGCCGCUGCCAAGGAGGUGGAGAGCGUCUGCCAGGAGGUCAACCUCCUAACACACACCCUCGACCACCCACACAUCAUCCGCUGCGUAAGCAUAUGUGCAUCUGGUGCUCCAGUAUUGCGGCGACUUCUGCAUGGAGCAGGUGCUGUCGAUCCAACUAGGCCGCCAUUUGUCCAGGGACGACGCCGUUGA